UGUGCAGACUAUGGUGAAAUACUUGAACGCGAACGGUGAGUCCUGCAGCCUCCAGGGUGUCCGCGGGGUGGACGCCCGGCGCACGCCGUUGCUUGGCUUUGACCCGUGGGCCUGCUUCCCGUUGGUUUCAGGACGCGACCCCGCGCAGCGUGAGCCGUGAGGCCGCUGGGGCGCCCGCGGUGCCUCCCCCUAGAGAAGCGAGCCGGGGCGGCGUCCCGUGGGGAAGAUGAGCGGCACCAGCGCCAGGUCCAGCCACCUGUCUCAGCCGGUCGUGAAGAGCGUGCUGGUGUACCGCAACGGGGACCCCUUCUUCGCGGGGCGCCGCGUUGUCAUCCACGAGAAGAAGGUGUCCAGCUUCGACGUCUUCCUCAAGGAGGUGACAGGCGGUGUUCAAGCUCCCUUUGGGGCUGUCAGGAACAUCUACACCCCGCGGACCGGGCACCGCAUCCGGAAGCUAGACCAGCUCGAGAGCGGCGGCAACUACGUGGCUGGGGGCCAGGAAGCCUUCAAGAAACUCAAUUACUUGGACAUAGGAGAAAUGAAGAAAAGACCAAUGGAUGCUGUGAAUACAGAGGUAAAACCAGUUAUCCACAGCAAGAUCAACGUUUCAGCUCGCUUUAGAAAGCCACUUCUGGAACCCUGCACUAUCUUCUUGAUUGCAAAUGGAGACCUCAUAAACCCAGCUUCUCGACUCCUCAUUCCUAGAAAAGCCUUGAAUCAGUGGGAUCAUGUACUACAAAUGGUCACGGAAAAAAUAACGCUGAGAAGUGGGGCUGUCCACAGACUUUAUACUUUAGAAGGAAAACUGGUUGAGAGUGGGGCAGAGUUGGAGAAUGGGCAGUUUUAUGUGGCUGUCGGCAGAGAUAAGUUUAAGAAGUUGCCUUACGGUGAAUUACUUUUUGACAAGUCAACAAUGAGAAGGUCUUAUGGUCAGAAAGCCUCUUCACUACCUCCUAUUGUAGGAUCCAGAAAGUCUAAAGGGAGUGGAAAUGAUCGACAGUCUAAGUCAACAGUCGGAUCCAGCGACAACUCAUCUCCUCAGCCCCCAAAGAGGAAAGGGAAAAAAGAAGAUGUGAAUUCAGAAAAACCCACGAGAGGGAAGCAAAAUGCAAAGUUAAAGAACUCACCGCCAACAGUUCCAAACAGUGAUGAGGGCGUUUUCAAAGCUGGAGAGGAGAGAUCUGAAACGCGGGGGGCAGCACAAGUCCAAGAAGAUGAAGACACUCAAGUUGAGAUUCCAGUUGACCAGAGGCCAGCAGAAAUAGUGGAUGAGGAAGAAGAUGGAGAGAAAGAAAACAAGGAAGUGGAGCAGAAGGAAGAUUUUUUGGGAAUGAAUGGUGACAUUGAAGAAGAAGGAGGCAGGGAGGCUGCUGGGACUCCAGAGCAAGUGGAGGAGGCCCCGGAUCCCAAGGAGGAGCAGGCAGGUCCUGCCCGUGUGAGUGGAGGCACUGAUGAAGAAAAUGGUGAGGAACUGGACCUGCCUAAUAAUGAGCUUCAGGAGGCAGUGGAUGAAGAAAUAAAGUCUCAAGGAGCUGGCAGUGGACAAGAAGAGGUUGACUCGGACCCUCAAAGACCACCAAAGCCAGAAGUAAAAAUCACUAGUCCAGAAGAAAAUGAUAACAGCGAACAAAACAAGGACAAUUUGUCAUAGCAUAGAUGAUUUUUUAAAAGAGUGUAUAUUGAUUAUAAAGAAAAUGAAGAGUUGUGAUACUUGAAUAAUAAGUAUAUAGGUAUUGCUAAGCAUAAUGUGACAAUACGGUUGACUACUACCUACUGAAUUUUAAAAUUAGAGGCCUAAUGGGAAAGACUAGAUAACUUCGAAUAGCUACUAAAAGGCAGUGACUUCUUUUUAUGGGAUGUGUUUUUUAAACAUUAUUUAGAAAAACUAAAUGAGCCCAAUGUAGGGGAAUGUGAACCAGAAGACAUUUAGCCACUUGUCUUUGUAAAGGAUGAGAAAGAACAGGAUCAUUCCUACUGUAUACUUAUAAAUUUAGAAGUAAAUUAUUAGAUGGCAGCUUAUGCUAAAGCGCUUAUCUAAGAAGGCAGAGAAUUUAAAAAAUGAUGAAAAUAGGAAAGCAUGUACUGUCUUUUUAAAGCAAUAAACUCGAAUAAAUUGCAGUUGAAUUUCAGAGGUAAUUUGGAGAUGGCAAUAGAUGGAACUGUCUCUGUGUCUCGUUGACAUUCCUUUCUUUCUUCCCCCUCAGCCACAGUGCACCUUAGAAGACUUAAAAGGACAAUGCAAGGUAUUCAUUUUGGAAGGAGGACAUACUCAGUGUGUUCCUAAUAUUGUCAUGCUCCUCUCUUAACUGUUUCAGAUCUUAAUCCUUUUGGCUUUCAUGACACACACUCAGGAAGCAACAACCAAUUAUAUCACAGCCUGGCUGGAUGGUUCAAGUCUUAAUCCUUAUGGCUUUUAUGAUACACACUCAGGAAGCAACACCCAAUUAUAUCACUGGGCCUGGCUGGAUGGUUGGCAAAGUCUGGUAUCCUGUGGAUUUUCACUGAUCCAGUCGACUAUUACUAAUAAUUACCAUUCUCCUUCACAUUAUUAUAUUAGAAGACUUAACAUUGGCUAUUCCAAGGCUUGAAUUCUCUCCAAUCAGUUUUUUUUUUUUUUAACAAAAGGAAUAAGGCAGUGUAAUAGGAAAAAAGUUGGCUCUGUGAAAAGUUUGUAACUCCUCAGUUUCACUUGCUUUUGCCUCAUUUCUAUUAGGGCAGCCUUGUCAUAUUUCCCCUGCUAGGGAUAUCAGCAAGUAUUUAUUUCAUGGUCAGUUAUAUUUAGACUUUGAAGCAUAUUCCUUGCCAUAUAAUUGUAAGCUCUAUGAUAGAAAUUGUUGAAAAAAGUUUAAAAGUUGUCAUAAUGAAACCAGUUCCUGAUUAUAGUUUUGUGGGUUAAUUAAAUUGACUCAGAUUUCCUUGUUAGGUGUGUAUGGGGAGAAAACAUGAUUGUAUUAGUUUUAUUGAAUUCUUAAGAGAUGAUGCAGUUUUUCCUUAAAUAUAGAAAUAUUUUUCUCAUAUUAAAGAAUAUUUUUAUUAAUUAUGUAGAAAUUAUAAAUUUUAACUUCUAGUGCUUUCAUUUUCUUCUCCUCCUAGUUUUGUAACCAAUCAUUUGUAGUCAAAGUAGUUAUAUAAAGCACUAAAUACUAUAGAAAACAGAUAUAUUUUUCCUAGAAGCUAUUUUAAUAUUUUCCACAAAUAGGAAGUAUAUGCAGAGUCUAUAAUGUAACAGUAUUGGAAAGAGAUAUUGCUGUGAGGUAUCUGAGAAGAUAAUUUGUAAAUGGGGUACUGUAUUUAAUGUAAACACUAGAUUGUGCUUUCUACUAAUAGGCUUAUUUUUUCAAAUGGAACAAUAUAAAGCUUUGCAGACUAUAAGCAAUAGUCUUGUGUUAGAUAGAGAAAUAGACUACUUGGUUUUUUAAGUGUUAAAUUCCCAUGCUAUUACUAGUCCUGGGGUUAAUGAUUUCAAAUAGUUGUAAAAAGAAGGGCUUAAAUAGAAGAACUUAUAACUAAUUAUCAAGGUGAUUCUUUCCCUUUUCUUUCUUUAAUGAAGUUCUCUCUUCUUUAAUAAAGGUAUUUUAGCUCUUUUUUUUCCCCCAUUCUCUUCUUUAUCAUAGUUAAAAUUUAGGUUUUUGAGAACUUUUUAAGAGUGAUCUUAAAGCACAAUCUUUGUUAUUUUUUUAUUUCCCCAAUACAAUUUUUUUUUCUGCUGUACAGCA